AUGUCUCAAAUCCUCAAAGGCGUGGCAUUCAUCACGGGUGCCGCUUCCGGCAUCGCGCGGCAGGCAGCGAUAACGUUUGCGAAGAACGGGGUGCAAAAGCUCGCACUAGUCGACAUCAGCCACGAGGAAGUCAAGCGCAUAGCGAGCCAGCUGGAACAAGAGUACGGGGUGGAGGCGAUUGGGCUGGGCGUGGACACGACGCAAGAAAGCGAAGUAGACGAGGCGAUGCGGCGCACGGUGGAGAAGUUUGGGCGCAUCGACAUGGCCGUCAACUGCGCGGGCGCCCAAGGCCCUGCCAAGCAGACGCCCGACACGACGCUGGCGGAGCUGGAGCAGCACCUCGGCAACAACCUGCGCGGCACGUGGCUGUGUCAUCGCGCGCAGCUGCGCCUGAUGCAGCAGCAGGAGGUGCUGGAGGCGCGCAUGGGCCGCGGCACCAUCGUCAACGUCGCUUCCGUCUAUGGGCUGGGCGGGCCGCCGACCCUGACGCCCAUGACCCCGUAUAGCGUGGGCAAGCAUGCGAUUGUCGGCUUGACCAAGGCGGAUGGCGCCAUCUAUGCGUCCAAGGGGAUCAGGAUCAAUGCCAUUUGUCCCGGGUUCGUGGCUACGCCGCUGGUGGAGCAGGCGUUUGAGAAUGAGCCCGUCAUGAGGGGGGAGAUGCUGCGGACGCCAAUGAAGCGGAUGGGCUCUGUCGAGGAGAUUGCCGAUGCCAUCAUGUUCUUGGCCAGUCCAUUGAGCAGCUACAUGGCUGGCGCCGCCAUGCCUGUUGACGGUGGUUGGACAGCGAUAUGA